UAACCUUGUGAAGUGACUCAUAGUGACACUAGCUGGCUGUUGUCUCUCUUCCGGGGGUGGGGAGCUAGUGUGAGAGGCCCAGGGCUCCCACUGUGAGGAGGGACGGCUCCAGGGGACACGUGGUGACCUGAGGUCUGGGGGGAGUGACCUCGGGAACACGAUGGUUUUGUCUGACGCCUCCCAGGCAGGCGGCACCGACCAGGCUGAGCACCUGGGCCGGCCCUCUGUGCCCGGGGCAGGAGAAGGCCCGCAGCCCCCCGGCCUCCCCAUCGGCCCACCCCAGGCCGGCUCAAGGCUCCGGGUUGGUUGGACGGCCACGGCAGGGUCGGUGGGUGGGGAGAUUUAAACUCAGUGCCCUGGUGGCCGAAGAAGGAGGCUGAAGAUGGGACCGGGGAGGCUGGUGCCCACGCUGGUCCUGGCGCUUGUGCUGGCCAUGGGGUCCCAGCCACAGGAACAGCUGCCCAGGGAGGCCCACAGCCUCAACUGGAACAAGUUUUCAGGGUUCUGGUACAUUCUGGCUGUUGCCUCCGAUGGCCAGGGGUUCUUGCCUGGCAGACACAGGAGGAAGCUGGGGGCAUCCACGGUGAAGGUUCACAAAGUGGCCCAGCUGAAGGUGGUCCUGGCCUUUAGGCGGUCACAGGGGUGUCAGUCAUACACGUUAAUUCUUCGGAAAGAUGGGAAGAAGGCGGUGUUCAGGAACACACGUGCGUAUGAUAGCCCGGGGCCCGGAGAGGGAGGCCGGGGGUGGCAACGGAACACGUCCAGCUUCCCGAGCAUGAAAAGAUUCGUAGACAUAUGUGAGACUUUGGAGCUCGCCGACGGUGUGACCGUUCUUCCGAAAGACGGUAACACGUGGUCGAGAGCCCUCCCCCCCACCCCCCACCGUCCAGGUCCGCGCCAUGCCUGGCCCCGUCCGCCCUGUUAGGGUCGGCUCACCGGGGGCAGAGAGAGGAGGGGUGACAGCGGUCUCUUCCAAGCCCCGUGGGAGGCGCUCCCCUUCCACGGCCCCGUCCUGCAUCAGCACCGGGCUCGUCCUGCCGACGGGCGUGGCCAGGGGGCACCGGGCAGCCCGUCCGGUCUGGCCUCUGUGGCCGUGGCUGGAGGACCAGGGCAGUGUCCCACACCAGCACACGAGAAACCGGGGAGAGAAAGGGAACGCUCGUGGGCAGACCGGCCCCCACCGGGCAGUGCCCCCUCAGUGCCCCUGUCCCUCCACAGCCUCCUGUGCGCACACCAUCCUGCCCUGAGGGCCACCACCUUUACUUUGGGGCUCCGCUCGUGGUCCUCCGAGACCCCAGGAGCGUUCUUCGCGAUUCCGGGAGUUCUCAUCCCGCGGCUUGCUGAGAGGUGUCUGGUGACCCCAGGCCGCUGAUGGGGUGAAGUCCGAGGGCCGUGGCUCUAGCCCAAGAGGGAUCCUUGAUGAUCCUCAGGAGCUGGGGAUAGGAGGGCACGUGCUGGCCGGCAGGGAGAGUCCGGUCCUGGCCCGUCAGCUCGUGCCCUCCAGGUUCCACGGCCGAGAGGGGCUGUCACCUCCUGUCUGCUGGGAAAUAGACCUCGGACCGGUCCAGUGUAAUCCUCGCCGCGUGUCUUCUCUGCAGUGAGUCUGUGCACUGCUCCCUGGGCUCCCCGACACCCCACACUUCCCCAGAAAGCAGCUCACUCCUUCAGGAAACACGUAGAAGCACCCGUGACACGCCAGGCACGUGCUCGCUGCUGGCGAGAGGGCAGUGAGCAAAAUAGGCAAUAGCUUAUUGGAAUUUGGGGACUGUCAGCCUCUGAGAGAGAGGGCCUCGAGCGUCCUAGAUGCCUUCUGUACAGCUGCACAAGGACUAUGCACACCAUAAUUCUUCCAGAGUCUCCACAAAGACAUUACCCUAAUGAGGUGCCUGCAGGAAGAGCUCUUGACCACCUCACACUUUCUGUGCCAGUCUCCCGGCUCGGCUCGGCUGGGAGCCUCAGCCCCACGGUCACCCAGGAGGCCAGGGCUGCAGCCUCAGCUGAGGCUCGACUGGGGCAGGGUCCGCCUCCAAGACCGCGACCGGGCACGUGCUCUUGGCAGGAUUCGGCUGGGACUGGGGGGUCUCAGGACGUCUGUGUCUCAGCCCGGGGCCUCUGCAGGUUCUUGGCCCUGGGCCUCCUGGGGCAGCUCAUGUUAUCUGCUCUUGCUUCGUCAGAGAGAGACACACACACAGACACACAGACUGACACAGAGACAGAGAAUGGACCCGGGAGAAAAGGAACCUGGAGACACCACAGGCUUUCAUGAACCACCUUGGAAGCGACACCCAUCGUUCUAUUCUCUUCCUCAGAACCGGUCACACGGGCCUUCCACCGGGGAGGAGAGGGGAUGUCACGAGGAUACAAGAGGCUGUGUUAGUAAAAGAGGGCACAUGUCGGAGACAGAGACCCUUGUUUGUGCUGUGACACCACAGCCUGACGCCAGCAGGGACACGGCUGGUCCUCCCGUGGCCCAAACAGAAACCGGGAGAUGCAGAAGGCUGGAUGGUCACACCACAGAGGGGAGAGCAUCCCUCACG